CACAAAAAAUUCAAUAAUGAGUGCACUGCAAAGCCGACCUCCAAACCCGACCCUCAACCCAUACCCGAACCCAAAUCCAAACCCAAAAGCUGCUCCACUUCCGAAUACUAAGUCUCUGACGUUCGAUCAAGUCUCCAAGUUCUUCUCCUUGCCCCUCUCCGAUGCUGCUGACACUCUUGGUGUUUGUCCUAGUGUCUUAAAGAAAAUAUGCCAUGAGAAUGGUCUAGUGAGAUGGCCACAUCGGAAGUUCCUUUCUGGGAAGAGUAUUGAACAAAUUAAGGAGGAUGCUGCUAGGGCAAAAAACAAGCUACUAAAUGAAGUGCCGAAAGAUGCUGGUCAAGGCAGUGAUGCUUUAGCAAAUUCAACAGUGUCAUUGCUUGCGGGCACGGGCACUCAGCUUCAAAAUAAAACAACUGUGGCAGAAGUUUCAAAAGCACAAUCUGUCAUGCAGCUCCAAGGAAACAAGAACCCCCAAAUCGGGAGUCCGCCAAAGUUGACUGGGUUAAACUUGACAAAAGGAACUUCAACCAAUGAAGAUGAGUUUAAAUAUGGAUUUCCCUCACACGGCUUGUCAACUGUUUCAUAUAAAUGGUGGGGGAACAGCAGUAACAGUGGUAGCAAGGACACCCCAGGUACUGCCAAGGACGAGACACAAGGAAAUAGAAAAUCUCCUGUAAACUCAGCAAAUGGGAGUACCCUUGCUUCAAGAACAGAUGGACAAAAAUGUGAAAAUGAGGCACGAGAAAGCAGCACCGAUUCUCCGGGAGAAGGAGUGCUCUCCUCUUUGAGGAAAAGAGCUGCUACGGAAGGGCACAAGGCGUUGAAACUUGGUGCUCACCGCAGAUAUGUUAUGGAACUUGAUCAAACAAAAAGAUCAGUACUUCAACAGAUAUUCAAAUCCUCACUGCCAAGUGAAUGGGGAGAUGACUCUUUGUAGCUUUGAUAGUCGGACUACUUUUGGAUAUUAUUGUUGUUUUAACUGCACUUCUGGUUGUACUACAAAAAGGUUCUGGUAACUUGAUGUUCUGCUAAAGUAGAUAGAUUAGAUUCAGGCUUCAAGAAUCCAGUAUUAAUACAAGAUCGGUCACCUACUUUUGCCGAAUGAUA